UAACAGUCAAAUUUGCAUGACACGAUGGAGAACACAAUAAUGAAUUUCGGAGCCGGUCCAUCCAAACUACCAAGAGAGGUAAUUUUGGGUAUCAAAGAUGAGCUUCUAUCCUUCAGAGGCACCGGCAUGAGCAUAACCGAAAUAAACCACCGAGGACCGGAUUAUAUCGAAAUGAACAACCAAGCUCGCGAUUUAUUGCGGAAACUAUUGAACGUCCCCCCUACGCACGUAAUACUUUUCAUACAAGGUGGAGGCCAGGGCCAAUUCGCGUCAGUUCCAUUGAAUCUGAUGGGUCGAACUGGCACCGCAGACUACCUCGUUACGGGAAUUUGGUCCAGAAUGGCGUCGAGAGAAGCCAUGAAUCACGGCGAGGUAAACUUGGUAAUAGACUCCGACGAUGAGAAGAGCAUUCCUGAUCAGAAAACCUGGAAACUGAAUCCCAAUGCUUCCUACGUGUAUUAUUGUGAUAAUGACACCAUUCAAGGUGUCGAGUUUCCUUUCGUACCGGAGACCAACGAUGUACCGUUAGUAGCGGAUAUGAGUUCCAGUUUUUUAACCAAACGAGUGGAUGUAUCUAAGUUUGGUGUGAUUUUCGCAGCGGCCCAGAAAAAUGUUGGUACAGCUGGAGUGACUAUAGUGAUUGUUCGAGAAGACCUUCUAGGAGAUGCUAGGGAACAUUGCCCCAACGUUUUUAAUUACGAACUGGUUAACCAAAUGGAUUGCAUGUACAAUACACCUCCAGUAUUUGCAGUUUACGUGUUUUACAAGAUGCUCCAAUGGAUCGAAAAGCAAGGAGGUGUGGAUGCUAUGGAAGCUCAAUGUGCGGAAAAAUCGAAAUUAGUCUACGAAGUUCUGGAUCAAUCGCCGGAUUUUUAUUUCAUACACGCUGAAAGGAAUGUAAGAAGUCGCAUUAAUAUUUGCAUGCACAUUGGAUCUCCUACAGGUGUUUUGGAAUUGGAAGAAAAGUUCUUGAAAGAAGUGGAAGAGAAGAAAAUGCUCCAGCUUAAGGGGCACCGUUUUACUGGAGGAAUUCGCAUUAGUCUAUUUAAUUCUAUAACUAUGGAUGAAGUGAGGGAGUUGCUUGCUUUUAUUAAAGAGUUUGCCAAGAAAUAUAAACCAGUUGCUAAAUUAUGAUUGUUUAAAUUUUACGUAUAUUGUAAAUAUGUAUAGUGUAAAUAUCCGAA